GCAUGCAAACAGGCGCACUAUAAAGACCCAAGGAAAUACCCGUCAGACUUCAUUUCCAUCCCCCAGGUCCAUUAAGCAUGUCUGCCGAUACCAACACUGCCAAGAAACGGACUUCUGCGACCUCUUCGAAGCGCACAUCCGAGGAGGACCAUCGGAGGAAGCGUCGGAACCGGCCCACGCAGUCGUGUCUGAACUGCCAUACAUCGAAGCGCAUGUGCGAUCGCCAACGACCCUGUGGUCGGUGUACUCAGCUCGGACUGACGGGCCUUUGCGUUUAUGAAGUGGACAACCCGACUCAUAAAGCGAAUGCUCAGGACGAGACUGGGCGACUUAAAAAACGGGUUGCAGAAUUAGAAAGCAUCAUUCGCGAGCUCAAGAACAAGCCUCAUCCCCGAUGGGCACAACCAGGGCAGUCCAGCCCCGAAACCGAAGACUCCGUGCCUUCCAAUCAUGAACUUGGCAGAGCUGGCUCUUCCACGAUGGCAGCAUCAAGACGUCCAUUAUCUCCGCCGACAUCGCCAUCAGCUGAACCAAACGCGUCCCCCGCAUCCUCGCCUACAUUGCUUGUAACGCAGUGCUUCUCAUCAUCGCCUGCCCGCGGUUCGUCUCCUAUGUAUCCUCCUUCUCCCACGUUGCAGUCUCAGGACGACACCCGCAUUUCAUCCGACUCCGAUAUCACUUCGCUUCUCAAUACCCCGGAUUACGACCUCUCAUCUCUCUUGGCAUCAUAUUCGUUUCCCAACGGUCCCGGCAUAGACGAAGCCUUCUUCGGGGACAUUCUGGACCCCAUAUUGCCCGUGGCUCCGGACGCAUGCGGUAAUCACCGGUCCGACGAGCAUUGUGGGUGCUUGAACGAGCACGCGAGUUACCAAACUGUGCUGGAGCUAUCGCUGCGCCUACGGAGAGCCACCGAAAUCCUGUCACGCUACGCCAAGCAUACCUCCGGCUCGGAUUGUAGGGUUCACAAGGGAAUCUCGGAACUCGACAGAUUUACUACUACCGCUUUGGGCAACAUCGUGACACCCCCCGAGCCCGUCACUCCCCAGUCCCACGCUCAAACAACGUCCCUAGCCACGAGCACAUCAUUGGGUCGACCGUCCUACGCAGGGGCUCGAUCAUCUCUGGGAGUACCUUCUGCGUCGUUAUCCUCGCAGGGCAUACACUCUCCCCGUGCUUGGGAUUUCAGACAAGCCCAGUCCGCCUCGUACCCUAGCCCGCCCUGGGAAGACUCGUUCAUGUCCUGGGAGUCCCUCAGGCACCAGAACGAGCGGUCGAAGGGGAGCCCGUUCUGACGCACGCGAGGCCUGGGCUC